CCUCUCAAGUAUCGCGAUCAUCGACGAGAAGGACGAGAAAUCGCUCAGCAAUGUCUUCGAGAUCUCCGCGGACUCCGAGAGUCGACGUGAUCUCUCCUCGGGCAACCUUAGACUCUGGAUCAAAUCCAGUUUUGGGAUCACCGAAAUUCUGCGAAUGGGAACAGAAACUCGAGUUUGAGACUGAAUCGCCAGCGAAAGGUGGCGAUUGUGGAGAUUGCGGAUUACGGGGGCGUGAAAUGGCUCUGCACAUUGCUGGACUUGAGGAAAAAUUGAACGAGGAAACACAGGCGACAAAUCGCCUCGCCUUGUCAGUGUCGGAAUACGAGAUACAAAUGUCAGAAAAGGCGAGGGAGAUUGAAUUUUUGAAGUUAGAAAGGCAGGAAAUUCAGUUGGAGCGUGACGGGCUGAAGAAGCAGUUAGAAAUAACUUCCAAGCACCUUGACACCAUCGAAAUAUCCUUCAACGAUGUUCACGAAAAAUACGAGAGGGCCAAACAGACGAUUCAUGCACUGCACCAAAACGUAGAAACUCUCAAAGACAGUCUCGCUGAGCGCGAUGCUUGUAUCAGUCAAAAACACGAGCAGUACCUGAAGUUGAAGGAACACGCGAUGGAACGAAUGGAUUUCGCCAAUUCCCAGUUGGAUUUGAUCGAACGGAAGUAUUCCCUUGAAACUUCGAAACUUCGAGCUGCGGUAAGAGAGGCUGAACUCGGUGCUCGAUCACUCUCCGAACAGCUGGAACAAAGGAACAAGGAUAAUGCUGAAUUAACGAGUAUCUGCGACGGUCUCAUAGAAAGAAUGGACGCACAGAAAAACUCUGGGUUCGAAAACCAAUCUCUUUGUCCUGAGUAAAUCGAAAAAUUGAGUUCUUGACCGUGAAAUUAUCUCAAUGACUCGCGAAUGAAU